UGUAGUUUCCCACAGUUCCGGGUACACGAGCCGUGUGGUGCCAGCGCUGGAAGGAUCUGAUUUGGAAAGAUGUAUCGCCCCAAACCAACGCUGAAGGACCGACAGCACCUGUACAAGCUCAUCAUCAGCCAGUUGCUGUAUGAUGGCUACACCAACAUCGCCAACAGCCUCAUCAAUGAAGUGAAACCCCAGACUGUGGUGUCUCCAUCAGAGCAGCUAAUGCAGCUGGCUAAGAUUGGGAUGGAGAACGAUGACAGCGCAGUGCAGUACGCUAUUGGCCGUUCAGACACGGUGGCUCCGGGAGUGGGCAUUGAUUUGGAGUUCGAUGCGGACGUACAGACGAUGUCUCCAGAAGCCUCAGAGUAUGAGACCUGUUACGUGACGUCCCAUAAGGGCCCAUGCCGCGUGGCCACCUACAGCCGAGACGGGCAGCUCAUAGCGACGGGCUCCGCUGACGCCUCCAUUAAAAUCUUGGACACAGAGCGCAUGCUGGCCAAGAGCGCCAUGCCACUAGAGGUAAUGAUGAACGAGACUGCGCAGCAGAACAUGGAGAACCAUCCUGUGAUCAGAACGCUGUAUGACCACGUGGAUGAAGUGACCUGUCUGGCCUUUCACCCCACCGAGCAGAUACUGGCCUCGGGCUCACGCGACUACACACUGAAACUCUUCGACUAUUCCAAACCCUCAGCUAAAAGAGCCUUCAAAUACAUCCAGGAAGCAGAAAUGUUGCGUUCCAUUUCCUUCCACCCAUCAGGAGAUUACCUGCUAGUGGGCACUCAGCACCCCACCCUGCGUCUCUACGACGUGAACACCUUCCAGUGUUUUGUGUCAUGGAACCCACUGGACCAGCACACGGACACCAUCUGCGGCGUCAACUACAACCCCACCGCCAACAGCUACGUCACCUGCAGCAAGGAUGGCAGCAUCAAGCUGUGGGACGGCGUCUCUAACCGCUGCGUCACCACCUUCGAGAAAGCCCACGACGGAGCCGAGGUCUGCUCAGCUGUCUUCUCCAAAAACUCCAAAUAUAUCCUGUCCAGCGGGAAGGACUCGGUCGCCAAACUGUGGGAAAUCUCCACCGGCCGGACACUUGUCAAAUACACAGGUGCGGGUCUGAGUGGCCGUCAGACUCACCGGACGCAGGGUGUGUUUAACCACACGGAGGAUUACGUGCUGCUGCCAGACGAGCGCACGGUCAGCCUGUGCUGUUGGGACUCUCGCACAGCCGAGAGGAAAAAUCUGCUGAGCCUUGGACACAACAACAUCGUCCGAUGCAUCGUCCACUCUCCAACUAACCCUGGCUUCAUGACCUGCAGCGACGACUUCAGAGCUCGAUUCUGGUACCGCCGUACCACCACCGACUGAGGGUGGUUUUAGGAGUGUAUGAGUGUGUGAGAGAGAGAGAGAGGUGUGUGUGUGUGUGUGUGUGUGUGUGUGUGUGUGUGUGUGUGUGUUGGACAGUACUGAAUGCCAUCGGACUGUUGAAAUGCUGUCAGAAGGCCUGUUUUUUCUGCUGGCUGCUAUGACCACCAGUAGAGGGCGCCAUUUCACCAUGAAGAUUUUGCAUAGCCUCCUCACACUGUUUUUGAGCUGAGUGUACUUGGUGUCAUUUUGGCCAGUGAUGAUAAACGUAAGCCUAAUAGUGUUGCAUAUUCUGAAUGGCUGGAAAGACAAACCAUUACUUUUUCCCUAUGUUUUCUCCUGUAUUUGAAAAGAGGGUGGAGACAGUUCAUCUGUGAGUGACUAGUGAAAUUUGUUGCUUUCUCAGUUCAUGUUUGGUGUAUUGAGCCUUUUUUAAAUAAAAGAAUAAAAGAAA